CUAACCAAACAGGUUUCACAAUCUCACGUUACUUCAAUGAAAGACCAGUCGUGGGGAGCGUUCAUUCUUUAUUUGGUUGUGGAUGUGUCUCACAGGUCACUCCGUUUACCGAGAGAAGAAACAUGACACCUGAUUUGGACACCAAGGACCGCUGCUUUAGGGCCUUGCUUAUCCAAGGCAAUUUGAUCAUUGCAUGCUGCGGGAUUGCCUUGAUGGCCAUGUGUAUCUUCUUCAUAUCGGAUCGAGCCGGAUUGUAUGUUUUGGUCUAUGCUACAGGAAAUGACAGCAUCUGGAGGGGAGCCUGGAUAGGCCUUUUCACUGGGUUUGCCCUUUUCUGCACAUCGAUCUUUGGAAUGCACGCCAUAGUUGUGUCCAAAAGAAAUAUCCUACUUGCUUACAUCCUCCUGAUGGUGAUCAUAUAUGCAUUUGAGGUGGCAUCAGCUAUUACUGCUGCAACACAUAAAGACUGGUUUGUCCCUGAACUCUUCCUGAAGCAAAUGCUACAGAACUACAACAAACCUCUACCAGAUAAUCUGCCCAGCACCCAGGACCAGAUCUAUGUAAUCAACGGGAUAACAGAAGCAUGGAACCGGUUCAUGACUGAGUCUAAGUGCUGUGGAGUGUACGGGCCAGAGGAUUGGGUGAAGUAUGAGUCCCACUUCAGGCAGCAGAACACAGAUGCUGAUUAUCCUUGGCCCAGACAAUGCUGUCAGCAGGAUGCUAUGGGAGCCAUCAGCCAUUUAGAAGCCUGCAAAAUUGGGGUUAGCCCUUUCCUGCAUGCACAGGGUUGUUAUGAUUACAUUGCUGGUCCUUUGAUUAGACACAGCUUUGGAGUCUCAUGGUUUGGAUUCGCCAUAUUGUGUUGGACAUUCUUUGUGAUACUGGGAGUCAUUUUCCACUACACUCAGUUGGAUAUCUGAGGAUGACCAACAAAGAAAGCUUCAAAUAAGCUUCAGUUCAGACCUACCAGUAAAGAAGUCAUGCAAAUAUAACACUUUUUUGUUAUGAUCAACUAAUAACCUUACAAUUCAUUACAUUUGAAUGUCUCUAAUCAAAAUGAAAAGAACCAAUAAAUGUACUAAAUACAA